AUGCGAGAGGGUGUACGCGUCUUCGCAUCUCUAGCUUAUUUCGCGGUGAGAAGGGGGAAUCAAGGCCCCACUCGCUUCUCACCAUCCCGCCGCCUGACCUCCGCUUCCCGCCACCCCAUCUCCACUGCUCGCCGCCCGCGCUCCCCUUCCCGCUUUCUGAUCUCCCCUUCCUGGGCGCUCGAUGUCCCCUUUCCGCAGUCUCUUGCCUUACCCGCGUGUGCUCCUAUCGCCUCCCGGUUCUCGUUCGCCUGUCGCUGUCCCGCGCGUGCUCCUCUCGCCUCCCCGCGCGCUCCUAUCGCCUCCCCGCGCGCUCCUAUCGCCUCCCCGCGCUGCCUCCUCUCGCCUCCCCGCGCGGCCUCCUCUCGACUCCCCUCGGGCGCUCCUAUCGCCUCCCCGCGCGGCCUCCUAUCGCCUCCCCGCGCGUGCUCCUCUCGCCUCUCCGCGCGUGGUCCUCUCGCCUCCCCGCUCGCUCCUUUCGCCUCCCCGCGCGACCUCCUCUCGUCUCCCCGCGCAGCCUUCUCUCUCCUCCCCGCGCGGCCUCCUCUCGCCUCCCCUCAUUUCCCCCUUGCACGCCCUCACUUUCCCCCUUGCACGCCCUCAUUUUCCCCCUUGCACGCCCUCAUUUUCCCCCUUGCACGCCCUCAUUUUCCCCCUUGCACGCCCUCAUUUUCCCCCUUGCACGCCCUCAUUUUCGCCCUCUGCCCUGCCCUCAUUUCCCCCUUGCACGCCCUCACUUUCCCCCUUGCACGCCCUCACUUCUCCCUCCCUUCUCUCUCUCCCUUCCCUCUCCCUUCUCUCCAUUUCCCCCCUUCUCUCCCUUCCCUCCCUACCCUCCCUACCCUCCCUUCCCUCCCUUCUCUCCCUUCUCUCCCUCCCCUCCCUUCUCUCCCUUCCCACCCUUCUCUCCCUUCCCUACCGUCUCUCCCUCCCCUCCCUUCUCUCUCUUCCCUCCCUUCCCUCUCUCUUCUCUCUAUUCCCCCCCUUCUAUCCCUUCCCUCCCUUUCCUCCCUACCCUCACUUCCCUCCCUUCCCUCACUUCCCUCCCUUCCCUCCCUUCUCACCAUUUCCUCCCUUCCCUCCCUUCCCUCCAUUCCCUCCGCCCCUCCCCUCCAUUCCCUCCGCCCCUCCCUUUUUCGCUCUUCCUCACCCUUCCCCGUCCCGCCCACUUUCUCUAACCAGCCAGCCUGCGAAUCUUUCCAUGCCCUUAUCUCUCUGCGCCUCUCUUCCUGCCCCUCCCUCUCGGCGCUUCUCUUCCUGCCCCUCCCUCUCGGCGCUUCUCUUCCUGCCCCUCCCUCUCGGCGCUUCUCUUCCUGCCCCUCCCUCCCUGCGCCUCUCUCACUGCCAUCCACUCUCUGUGCCGCUAUUCCUGCCCUCAUCUCUCUGCGCCUCUCUUCCUGCCCCUCCCUCCCUGCGCCUGUCUUCCUGCCCUUUCCUCUAUGCGUCUAA